GGGGGCUCUGAGCGGCCCGGGUACCUGCUGAGGCCCGCAGCGAGCGGGGCCGCCGGAGUUUCUCUCUGGAGCGAGGUUCCCCCUCGAUGCGGGUGGGGUCCCGGUGCGACAGCGGCUUGCAGGGCCUCCCUGGAGGAGCGGGGUGAAGAGGUGCGGGGGGGAUAAUUAAUUUUAUUCUGUAAUUGCUGCUUACGAGGGAGGGAGAGCUCUUUCCCCGUCAGGCGCCGGCUGCAGGCUCCCGGGCCUGCGGGAGGGUGCAGGGCCGGGCCCGGCCUGUUUGCUUUGCCCUGCCCGGCCCGUGGCCUCCCUGUGCCAGGGCCCUCAGCUUGGCAUGAGCUGCCCUGGGGAGCAGGCGGCGCUUCUCCUCGGCUUGGGCAAUAAACCUCGGUGGCAUUUCCAGGCCGGCCUGGCCCGCCGGGGGGGGGUGAAGGCAGGCAGGUAGCGACCCCGGCCCUUGGCAGAAUGACAGCUCCUCUCUGGUAACAGCACACAGCCAGCUGCCUCUAAGCGGGGGGGGCGGUACAUUUUCUGCUCACUUUGAACUUGCUGUGAUAGUGCUUGAGUAAUACAGUCUCUUCCUCAGGAAAUAUUUGGCCGCUGGUGAGGUUACAGAUCCUGCUCUUCUCCCCGGUGUGGGAGGGGCUGUGGGCCCAUCAGAUGUUAAGGUGCAGGCUGUAAUCUUAACCUGUUCUUCAGGGUCACGCUGCAGGUGCAGGCCUAAUGCCUCUUGUGAGCAGAAUCUCAUGGUAAUGUGUUUUUUUAGGCACAUCACCCUUCAGUUCAAAAUAUUCUGGUAAAUGUCCAUCACAGAACUUUGCUGAAAAGUUAAAAUGUCUGUGUAGUAUUUCCCUGAGACUGAUGAUACCUCUUUUUCUCUCUCUUUUUCUUUUUUUUCUUUUUUUUAUAAAAAAAGAGUACCUAAACCAGUGGAAAUAAUUGGAAGCUUCCUACUAAUAACAGCCUGUUUCAGUGUGGUCCUUACUGCCUGCUUUACUGACAUAAAGAGAAUGACAUAUAUGGCAGUCUCACAAACUAUUUUAGUUCUGUUAGCUGUGACUUUUUUUGUUGUUAUUUUUCCAUUUCAUUCCAUUUGACCAGUGAUAAUUGGCUAGCCAAACUUUUUUUUUCUCCUGUCUAUAGUCAGUGUCCUAUUUUUGGUUUGUUUGUGUGAAGAUGGUGCUGGUGUGUUUUGGUUUAUAAUCUUCCAGGGAAGUGUGCAGGGAGGGUCAUAAACCUGUAGUAGUGUUUGGUGCCUCUUUUUUUUUUUUGGUGUGUCUCUUGUUUUACUUCAUAGAGCAAUAUUGUAACUUUCGUCCUUGCCCUGUUGAGCAAAACUGAAAAUUAGAUGCUGGGUACAAGCUUCUGCAGUCAGUUACCCUUUUUAACUUUUUGUAACUGUAGACACCUCCUUCAGAGGAGACUAGGUGAAAAAUCAUAGUAACAUCAAAAAAUAAAUUGGAAGCGAUCCAAAGCAUCCUCUUGUCUUAGUUAUCAGUAAAAGAAUUUAAUGAUUAAAUUAUAUCAAACAUUUACUUAUACAAUCACCUCCAUAAAAGGCAGUGUUAAUUAAAUCUGUUACUGCCCAACCACAGGCCUUCAGCUAGAACCUUUUCUCUGCUAUCCCAGGCGUGGAUGGAGAGCAUGAUACCACACUGUUAUUCCCGCAGAUGUUCCCAGAAGACGCUGAGAGAAAGGAGCAGGAGCAUACACGAUAGUCCUGCCUCGGCACAGUACAAGUCUAGGUUUGAAUUGUUGCCACCUUGAAAACUGGGCUGUAUUUGAAAUUGUAAUAGUCCCGCCAAAAUGAUGUAAUUUCACUUUUAACAAGUCCGUGGCAACAGGUACAGGUUUACAGAAUAGCUUCUGGAAUGUUCUAGCACUUGAAUGCAGUGUUUCAUUCAGUGUAACGCUCGGAGGCGCUGCCCUGUUAAUUGCAGGGUUUUGGUAGGCCUAAUACCACAGCCCCAAGCCCUGUGGGGGAAAAUACAGCCCAGUUCUUGUUCAUAAGUUUUAGUUCUGUGGGUUUUUCCCCCUUCCCCAGAACCCUUGAUCUUGAAGAUGGUGAGUAGCCAGCCUAAGUACGAUCUAAUACGGGAGGUUGGUCGUGGCAGUUAUGGUGUGGUGUACGAAGCAGUCGUCAGGAAGACCUCUGCCCGGGUCGCGGUGAAAAAGAUUCGGUGCCAUGCUCCAGAGAACGUGGAACUAGCUCUGCGUGAGUUCUGGGCACUUAGCAGUAUCAAGAGCCAGCAUCCCAACGUCAUUCACCUGGAGGAGUGCAUCUUGCAGAAAGAUGGUAUGGUGCAGAAGAUGUCCCAUGGCUCCAGUUCCUCCCUUUAUUUACAGCUUGUAGAGACCUCGUUAAAAGGAGAAAUAGUCUUUGACCCCAGAAGUGCUUAUUACCUCUGGUUUGUAAUGGAUUUCUGUGAUGGAGGAGACAUGAACGAGUAUCUGUUGUCCCGAAAGCCAAACCGCAAGACCAACACCAGUUUCAUGCUUCAGCUCAGCAGCGCGCUGGCAUUCCUGCACAAAAAUCAGAUUAUUCAUCGUGAUCUCAAACCUGACAAUAUUCUGAUAUCUCAGAGCAGGAUGGAUGCUGGUGACUUGGAGCCUACCCUGAAAGUAGCUGAUUUUGGGCUGAGCAAGGUAUGCUCAGCCUCAGGACAGAAUCCUGAGGAACCAGUCAACGUAAAUAAGUGUUUUCUAUCAACUGCAUGUGGGACUGACUUCUAUAUGGCCCCUGAAGUCUGGGAAGGACACUACACUGCCAAAGCAGACAUCUUUGCUUUAGGGAUUAUAAUCUGGGCAAUGUUGGAAAGAAUCACAUUCAUAGAUACAGAAACAAAGAAAGAACUUCUGGGGAGUUAUGUCAAACAGGGGACAGCGAUCGUGCCUGUUGGCGAGGCGCUUCUAGAGAACCCUAAAAUGGAACUGCUCAUCCCCGUCAAGAAAAAAUCCAUGAACGCUCGAAUGAAACAGCUGAUCAAGGAAAUGCUGGCUGCCAACCCGCAGGACCGACCCGAUGCGUUUGAGCUAGAACUGCGAUUAGUCAACAUAGCUUUUAAAGACAGCAGCUGGGACACGUGACCUGCCGAGUCCCCCCUCUCCACAGAGCUGUUUCUCACCUCACUGAUGGUGCAACUUAAUGGCAGUAAAAGAAUUGAGCCUGAACUCAAACCUGCAGGGUGUAGUUCCUACCAAACCAAUCUCUUGAGUUUCAUAAAUGAUGCCCAUGUGAGCUGGCUGCGGUGUUAACGAUGAGCUGAUGUGUAUGAUACCAGGAUGUUACGUGCAGGUGUAAGAUGUGAGGAUGUUUGUGUGCACUGGCUGGCGGUGGGUUGUCUUAAAGAGCUGAGGCUUGAUUUCCAGCCCUGUGUCACGAAGUAAUUUCGUACAUUCCGGUUUCCUAUGUCAGUAUUAGGAACUCUCAUGGAAAAAAA